GUAAUUGAUCAGUAUGCUUACAACCUUCUACAAUCAUUCAUCAUCUCUUAACUAACAAAAACCUAGGCAAUCUUUGAAGUCGAUGUUCAACAAGCCUCGGGAACGCAAAAAGCGGAAGCUGUCUGAUGAUAUGGUGGAGGAUCCAGAAAUGGACCAAAUCAAUCGUCACCAACAGCAGCGACACGAAGACCAGCAAAAGCAAGCUACAAAAAACGACAAUCCCCCUUCACCGCGAUCUUGGCUUGUCAAUUAUCGGAAAGCACAUAGUGGGGAAAUACCGCAAGAACGACAAACGAAGGCUCCAACACAAAAGAACGACACGAUCGAGCAGGGUCAUGAUCUCUCUCCAAUCCGGCGUUCCGUGCGUUCGACGAGGGCCACGAGUGGCUUCAUCGACCUAGAUCCUGAGACCCUUAAAGAUUCUCCGAAAGCAGUGUUCAAGUUCUCCAUCGAUGCAGGCUUAGGACCACGGUGGCAUAGGCCUUUGCAGUACGGCACCGGCCGCCAUCGUGCUCUUGUAAAUUUCGAAGACCUUGCCAAACUCGAUGAGGAUGAAAUGCUGAACGAUGAACUCGUUGACUUUUAUCUAAUCUACCUCUACGAUCAGGCUAAGGUUCCACAGAAUACCGUAUACUACUUCAAUUCACACUUUUUUACAACCCUUGUUCGAUCGCCUCCUGGACGAAAGGGGGAGAUAAACUACGAAGGAGUUAAAAGAUGGGCCAAAGAAGAUCUCUUCUCAUAUGAUUUUAUCGUAGUACCGAUCUGUGAAGAUAUGCACUGGUAUCUCGCAAUUAUCUGCAAUGCCUCCAAUAUCUUUCGGAAAUCGAUCCCGGACUCUGCGAGAGACAACAUUCCGUCUCUAAUAGAUGCCGCUGAAAAUACCUCAAAGAAUGCUGAUCCGUCACACGAAGAUGAUGCACACAUCAUUGACGGCAUUACUGAGCCUAGCUCUGACAAGCCAGUAGAUAGGAAAGAGAAAGACACCUUGAUGGAAGCGCCUUCCGUCGCUGAGAAAGGCUUGGCCACCCCCCUCGUUCCGAACACAAGAGAGUCAUCUCUAGAGGAGACCGGACGUCUGAAGGAGCUUGCCAUUACAGACCAAUCACCAAAAGAGAAGGCAAUUUCAAAGGGGAUCAUUGGCAACACCCCAGCGUCGCCCUCAGGCAAGCGACGUCACAAGAAAAGGGCAGUCUUGCCAAAGAAAUUUCCUCCAGACGAGCCUAUCAUCAUGAUACUGGACUCGCUGGGAAAUUCACAUCCAAAGACUGGUCGAGCUCUAAAGGAGUACAUAUUCCAGGAGGGCCUUGCAAAACGUGAGACAGAGGCACGUAUUGAGCAGAAUGUGUUCUACGUCCGAGACAAUCACAUACCAAUGCAGCAAAACUUCACCGACUGUGGAGUCUACCUUCUUGGAUAUGUCCAACGAUUCUUCGAGAACCCUCGUAGAUUUGUUAGCCGCGCAUUAUCACGCGAGAUGGAUCCAGAAAUUGACUGGCCGGAAAUGUCAGCAGUCAAAAUCCGCGACGCGAUGCGUGAUAUCCUUCUUAAUAUGGGGGGAGAACAGGGUCUUACACAAGUCAAGAAGAAGAAGAAAAAGCCGAAUCAGGCAACGGCACCUGAAAAGAGCAAUCCAGUUACCGGCCCUUCUAUCACAGAUGACUCUACAGACCCAUCUGUACCAGCAAAAGCAGACGACGUAUUGCCUACAACAGAGCAAUCCAUCGACGACCCGCCAAGAAGACACAGUCCUCAGGUGGUUAUUCCCGUGCCGAACCAUAACUCUAGUGCUAGACAGGAUGUGAAUUUGAUGGGUGAAGAAACGAAAACUCACCUUCCUUCGGCCAAAGACAAAACUGUCGGCACUGCACCUAUGGCUGCGUCCGAAACACGUUCUCCUUCACAGCACGCCUCACCCUCUAUAACACCGAUCUCAUCACCAAAGCCUCUUCGGGAACAGCUUUCGGAGCAGGUUCUGCCCCCGCCAAGCAGUACCACUGUUGUGAACCCGACUGAUCCCCCCGUUCAUGAGCAUUCCGUUCUGAUUCGUGGAAGCUCGCUGGACCCUAUACCAAUCGACGAUUCUCAAGAGGUGCAAACUGAACCUUCGCCCCGUUCUCACAGGAAGCCCGCUCCUCUCAGAGCAGACCCUACAUCCUCCAAAACCAAACAUUCGCGAACUUCAUCUCCACCCCACCCAGAGCCAAUACAUAUCACCAAAACUCACCGUACUAAAAUGCUACUUGAGAGGACGGGCAAUACCAAGAAGCUUCAUGUAGUAAGGGACUCCGAUAGAGAUACUCAACGCUCUGACCGUGCAUCUCGACAUGUCGACGAUGUAUCCAACCGGAGUGAAGUUAUUGAAGAGACCCCCGAGCCACAAGCAUAGAAACUAGAGCCCAAUAGUCCUGUACCCGAUUGGCAAGGUGAUCUAUCAGGCAGUAACAUCAUGAAGCAUCGGCGGCCAAUUACCCCUCAAAGCGAUGGCAACGAUCUACUUUUCUUGCCACUGGCAUCAUCUCUACAUGCAUAGCCGUGGCGUCUUAUUCAACAUCGAUAACCUGAUUUGUCGAAAUCUUUGUUUCACAAUCAUGAGGGAUAUACCAAUUCUGAUCAUCUUAUUAUGAAAAUGCGUACAUAUCGCAAGCG